AUGGCUUCAUUCAACGAUGAGAUGGAGGCAGUGAAGAACAAGGUGUCAGCAGCGGGAACAAAAAUCAGGAUUACAAAGAAGACGAGAAGUCAGAACAAAACCGUCGAAGCAGACAACGCCGAAGAUCAGAAAAGUCAACAACAGGAACGGAAGGACCAAACCAAACAAGGCGGGAGCAGAGCCACAACGGACGGUGCGUUGGACCAGUGCGAACCCAGCUCUUCAACCAAAAAAGCGAAAGGAAACAAAGGCGAAGCGGAUGAAGCAGAAGGAAAGGAAAAGGAAGGAGAAGUAGAAGGAAUAGAAAGGAAGGCCGAAACAGGAAACCAGGAAGGUGAAGGAGAAGUAGAAAUAGAAGACAGGAAAGCAGCGUGGAUGCAAAGAACCAAACACGAGUACUACUGGGGUGACUCGGACAGAGCAGACAAAAUUCUAAGAGCCUUCAACGCGGUAUACGGAGGAGCUCCCCCAACUCAGGAAGAGAGGGACACGAUCACCAACAACGUAGGGAAAAACGUUCCCAGGAGUCGUAAUCAGCAGACCAAAACGGCACAGGCGAAGAGGCCGAGGACUGCAUCCCUCGUCUCCGGAAGCGGUAGCGACAGCGAGGACCAGGGAGUGAGGAUGCCAACUGCGAGAAAAAGAGCCAAAGGUGACGAAGAAGAGAGAGGCAAGAGAGAGGAGACCUCGAAGGCAACAAGCGGAAAAAAGGAAAAGAGCAGGCGCGCAGAGAGCAGUGAGGAGGAAGACGACUCUGGCAUUCAGAAUGGCCAAGGAGCAUCUGUAGGAAGACAAGGAGGAUACCUAGGCAACAACUGGAUCCCGAACUACAAGGAGAAGAAGGCGGCGGGGUUCUGGAACGCGGGGCAGAGGUCGGAUCCGAUACAAGUAUUCGGACAAGGUGGAGGUAGAGGAAGGAGUUCAGGAACAGGAGGAUGGGGAAACAGGGGGAAGGGGCAGGGUAACGGCCCUAAGACUGGAGAAGAGCAGAACAAGGAGUGA